AACGUCUCCAAAAGUCUCCAACAAAGCAUGGAGUUCAAUUCGAAGAUUUAUCAACCACUGUAAAAACCCUCACACAAUUCCGCAGUGUUCGAAUUCUUCCCAAUUCACAUACAAACAGGGUGUAGCGAUAGGAGAGAAAGAGGAGAGAGAUUGCACAGAGAGAGAGAGAGAGAAGACACUGAAAAAUGGAGGUGGAAUUGGAGGCGAGGGUGAAGGCAUUGGGUUACAAAGUGAAGGCUAUGUCGAGAGAAUCCCCUGCUCAGAAGGCCGCGCACGUGUUGGACACGGACCUCCGCAACCACUGGUCCACCGCCACAAACACCAAAGAAUGGAUCCUACUCGAGCUCGAUGAACCAUGCCUGCUUUCACACAUAAGGAUAUAUAAUAAAUCCGUGCUGGAAUGGGAAAUUUCAGUUGGAUUACGUUACAAGCCUGAGACUUUUGUUAAAGUUCGCCCCCGGUGUGAGGCACCUCGGCGAGACAUGAUAUAUCCAAUGAAUUACACUCCGUGCCGCUAUGUCCGGAUAUCUUGUAUGCGUGGAAACCCAAUAGCUUUAUUUUUUAUUCAGCUGAUUGGGAUUACAGUUCCAGGUUUAGAGCCGGAGUUUCAACCUGUUGCUAACUAUUUACUACCGCACAUAAUAUCACACAAACAAGAUACUGUUGAUAUGCAUCUUCAGUUGCUUCAAGAUGUGACGAGUCGGUUGGCCAGGUUUCUUCCUCACCUCGAGGCUGAUCUUAAUAGCUUUGCAGAAGAUGCGGAACCUAGUAUGCGUUUUCUUGCGAUGCUUGCUGGUCCGUUUUAUCCCAUCCUUCAAAUUGUAAUCGAAAGAGAAACUGCAAGGCUGGCUCUCAACAUUUCCGAUAAUGAAGCUUCUAAGACCAAUCUCCCAUCAACAUCUUUGCUCGUUUCUUCAAAUUUUGAGCCAAGAAGAUCGAGGAACACAUCAUCUGUUUCCCUACCUAUAUCAACGCACUUGGUAUUCCGCCCCGAUGCAAUCUUUACACUCCUUAGAAAGGCUUACAAGGAUUCUAGCCUUGGGAAUGUGUGCAGAAUGGCAUCAAGAAUUCUUAUGAAGUUCGUGGUGCCCACGACGCUGCCCGAAGUAUCUACUGUAGCUGAUGAGAAUCCUAAACAUGAUCAUUCUGAUCCGAUUUCCUUGUCUGAUUAUUCAACGUUGUUCGGGGAGGAAUUUCAUGUACCGGAUGAUUCUUGGGAUCUGAUGUACCUUAAUGUAUUAGAUUCUGCAUCAGUUGAAGAAGGAAUAAUGCAUGUUUUGUAUGCUUCAGCUUCCCAGCCUUUGCACUGCAGUAAGCUGUCUGAGAACACACCUGAGUUUUGGUUGGCAUUGCCACUAAUUCAAGCAUUGCUUCCAGCACUCCGUCCUACUGUCAGCAGUCCUUACCGAAUUGAUGAAAACUUCUCUCUUUGGAAACAAGCAUUGGUUCAAAAUGCACUUUCUCAGAUUGUGGCAACUUCGUCUUUGGCGAUUUACUCUCCUCUUCUUCGGGCUUGUGCUGGCUAUUUAGCAUCCUUUUCACCAUCACAGGCUAAGGCAGCAUGUGUUCUUAUUGAUCUCUGUUCUGGGGUUUUAGCACCAUGGAUCGCUCAAGUAAUUGCAAAGGUGGAUUUGACUGUGGAGAUCUUGGAGGAACUUCUUGGUGUAAUCCAUGGUGCUAGCAUUUCACACGCUCGUGCACGUGCUGCUCUCAAAUAUGUUGUCUUGGCGCUAUCAGGGAACAUGGAUGAUAUAAUGGCAAAAUUUAAGGAGGUCAAACACGGAAUACUUUUCUUGGUGGAGAUGCUAGAACCUUUCUUGGAUCCUUGCUUAACCUCCUUAAAGGGCACGGUAGCCUUUGGAAACGUGUCUUCCAUUUUUACUGAAAAUGAGGAACAUAAUUGUGCUAUAGCAUUGAAUGUGAUUCGCACUGCUAUAAGAAAAUCUGCUGUGCUUCCGUCUUUGGAGGCUGAAUGGAGGCAUGGGUCGGUUGCUCCUAGCGUGCUUCUUUCAGUUUUGGAUGCUCAGAUGCAGUUACCUCCCAAUAUUGACGAUUGCAAAUUCUCUUCCGAAAAUAAUCAAGAAAAUGCUGACGUUAAAAUUGAUGCUAUCGAAAUUAACGGGAAAUUAGAUAUAGCUGACGAUGCAAGUCUUCUCUUUGCACCACCGGAACUGAACAGAACGUCCCUUAUUCAUGUUCCUGCCAGCACGGAAACAAAGACUUCAGGUUCAAAUUUCGACUAUGCCAAUCAGAAGAAUAUCCCGUGUGAUGCCUCGUUAGAUGCCGGUCAGAAUAUUGAACUCGAUAAUUUGCUGACUGAUUAUUCACAACUAAUGAACUAUCGAGAUUGUGAGAUGAGGGCUUCCGAGUUUAGGCGUUUAGCUCUGGAUUUGAACUCACAGAACGAAAUUACUACUCAGGAGAGUCAUGAUGUAGCUGUAGAGGCUUUGCUUCUCGCAGCAGAAUGUUAUAUUAAUCCAUAUUUUAUGCUGAACAAAGUCCAUCCCAAAAGUUCCAGCAAGAACGAGGGACCCGCAGAAAUGGAGAGAAUUUUUAGACAGAAAGAUUACGACUUGAAACUCUUGGAUGAUAUUGAGAGGAAACGUGACAGAGUUGUUCUCGAAAUUCUGAUCGAGGCAGCUGUGUUAGAUAGGAAAUAUCACAAAGUGGCAUCAGAGGAUGUUGAAGGGGAUGAGGAUGUUGUAAGUUUGUCAAAACAGGAUAUUCUUUCCGCAGAUGCUGUUACCUUGGUUCGUCAGAAUCAAGCCCUCCUAUGCAAUUUCUUAUUACAGCGUCUGCAGAGGGAUUUAGACGGCGAGCAGCAACCUAGGCACGAGGUUCUGAUGUGGUCUCUUCUGUUUCUGUUGCAUUCAGCAACUAAACUAUUCUGUCCACCUGAGCAUGUGGUUGAUGUAAUAUUAAAUUUCGCCGAGUCCUUCAAUAUGCAGUUGAAAUCAUUUCAUUACCAGCACAAGGAAGGAAACUCGCAGUUGAACCGGUUUAAGGUACAACAUCGAUGGAUCCUUCUUCACAGAUUAGUCGUUGCUUCAAGUGGUAGUGAUGAAAGAUCUGCACUUUCGAUCAAUGCUCGAAAUGGUUUUCGGUUCUCCAAUUUGGUUCCUUCUUCGGCAUGGCUGCAGAAAGUUCCGACCUUUUCUUCUUCCGCUUUUCCGUUGGUUAGAUAUUGCGGUUGGAUGGCUGUUGCACGAAAUGCAAAGCAAUUUAUCGAAGAGCGGCUCUUUCUUGUUUCUGAUUUGCCACAGUUAACGUAUCUUUUGUCUAUAUUUGCAGACGACCUUUCUCUAGUCGAUAACAUAAUCGAGCGGAAAAAUACUAAUAUCGAGGAUGAAUUGCAACUGCAAUCUUUUCAUGCUUUAUAUCCGGAUAUCAGUAAACUUUUUCCUAAUCUGAAGAAAGAAUUUGUAGCGUUUGGCGAAACUAUAUUGGAAGCGGUUGGUUUGCAAUUGAAAUUUCUCUCUUCCUCCAUUGUCCCUGAUCUGAUGUGUUGGUUUUCCGAUUUAUGCUCGUGGCCCUUCAUUCAGAACAACAAAAAACCCAAUUAUUACUUCAAAGGUUUCGUUGCUAAAAAUGCAAAAGCUGUCAUUCUGUACGUACUCGAAGCAAUUCUUGUUGAGCACAUGGAAGCAACGGUUCCAGAAAUUCCCAGAGUGGUGCAAGUGCUCGUGUCUUUGUGCAAGGCGUCUUAUUGUGAUGUGUCGUUUCUAGAUUCGAUAUUGAUGUUGUUAAAGCCGAUCAUAGCGUAUUCUCUAAGUAAGGUUUCCGAUGAAGAAAACUCAUUAACCGAAGCUUCAUUCGACAAUUUCGAAUCUUUAUGCUUCGGCGAGCUCUUCGACGCUAUUAAAUUUAGUGAUGAAAAUCGAGGUACUCAAAUGGAGAAAGGAAAAUCUAAAGCACUGAUCAUAUAUGUAUUAGCUUCCGUUUUCGGUGAUCUGUCCUUUCGUCGGAAAAUCGAACUCUUACAUUCCACUGUAUUAUGGGCUGAAUUUGCCUUCUUCGAGGGAUCGAAUUCCUUUCAUGAUUAUCUUUCCGCGUACCAGAUUCUCAUGGAAAACUGUCGGGACCUACUCAUUGCUACAUCAAGAUUACGGGGAAUCAUUCCUCUUACUAUUGCGUCACUUUCCGAUUCUGAUCCUUCCAAGUCAUCGUCAUGUUUUCUCAAAGAUAUUUGCAACCCCUCUUCCCCUACAGAGGUGUCGGAGAAGUUUCGUCAACUGAAUUCGGAAGAAGUGAAGAGUUUUUCGAAAGAACUAGACGCGCUUAUUACCAAACUUUAUCCAACCUUAGAGCAAUGCUGGAAACUACAUAGCACAAUGUCCAAAAAACUUGCUCUCGUGUGUGCUGAAUGUUUCGUGUAUUCAAGGUGCUUAAGUUUGAAUAUAGACGAGCUCACGGAUUUUUGUGGGACCGGUCUAAAAGGACUGUUUGAAACGAUCUUGAUUCUUCAGGACAAACAUUGCUGGGAGGUUGCCUCUGUAUUGCUCGACUCACUUAUUAAGGUGCCUCGAUUUUUCCGUCUGGACUAUGUGAUUAGUGGAAUAUGCUCGGCUAUCAAGAACUUUUCGAACAAUGCACCGAAUAUUGUUUGGAGAUUGCAAAUAGAUAAGAUGAUGUCACUGUUGUUUGAAAGAGGCAUAAAUAACAUAUGUCGGAACGAAGCUUCUCUAGUAGAUUUGUUCUGUGCACUUCUUGGAAAUCCCGAGCCGGAGCAAAGAUAUAUUGCGGUAAAGCAUUUGGGCAGACUUGUUGGCCAAGAUGUUCUUUUGUCUGAACAGAUUUUGUCUCCUUUGGUUUCGGCUACAUGGGAAAAUGUUGCAUUGGUGGCAUCUUCAGACACGUCGUUGGUCUUAAGGACAAAUGCAACGGCACUUCUUAUCAACUUUGUACCUUUUGUCGAGAGGGUUAAAUUGCAGUCUUUUCUUGCGGGAGCUGAAAAUGUUCUUCAGUGUUUGACAAAGCUAGCACAACCUUCUUGCUAUGGCCCACUGACACAAUUUUCGUUAGCAUUGAUUGUAAGUGUUUGUCUUUAUUCUCCAUCCGAGGAUAUCUCACUGAUUCCUGAAAGUAUUUGGAGAAAUAUUGAAACAUUUGGAAUCUCUGGAAACGAUAGAUAUUGCACCAGUCUCGAGAAAGAGGCUUGCAAAGCGCUAUGUAGACUCAAAAACGAUGGAGAAAAUGCUAAAGAGAUUUUAAAGGAUGUGCUUGCUUCAAGUUCGCCAAAGCAGGAGAUUCCCGAUUUUGUAACUACACGAGAAUCCAUCCUUCAGGUUAUUGGUAAUUUAACCUCUGCGAAAUCGUAUUUCGAUUUCUUCUCAACGGAAGCUGACCAAAACAUCAUGGAAUUAGAAGAAGCUGAAAUGGAAAUGGAGCUUCUGCAAAAAGAGCAUCUACUACCAGCCUCAUCUUUUGAAUCCCAACCCUUUUUGUCCACCUACACAAGGGGUGAUCAUCGGUUGCAGCAAAUAAAAGAUGGAAUUAGAUCCAUAGAAAAAGAUAAACUCAGGGAAGAAUAGUAGCUCGGAGGCACAGCAGCUUCUUCUGAGGCGGGCCCGCCAACAAUCUUUUAGAGGAGGCAGCUUUACGAGAAGCAGAAUUAGUUCAGAAGCUCGAUAGAGAGAGAACAAGUGAAGUAGAGAAGGAGCUCGAGAGACAGCAGUUGCUGGAGGCUGAACGAGCGAAAACUAGAGAAUUGCGUCACAAUCUUGAAAUCGAGAAAGAAAAGCAAGCACAGAGAGAUCUCCAACGGGAACUUGAACAAGUGGAGUCCGGAAUCCGACCAUCAAGACGAGAAUUCGCAACCUCCAAUAAUACUAGGGCACGAGAUAGGUACCGUGAGAGAGAAAACAGCAGAGAAGGUAACAACGAAGGAGGCAGCUUGAGGACAGUUACCACUCUACCGCUGAGGGGCUCUUCUUUCUCAGGCCAACUUCCGACUAUUCUGCAAUCGCGUGAAAGAUCGGACGAAUGUGGAAGCAGUUACGAGGAGAAUUUUGAUGGAAGUAAAGAUUCGGGUGACACUGGUAGUCUUGGUGAUUCAGACAUGGUUUCGGCUCUUGAGGGGCAGAAUAGUAAUUACGGGUCCGGUCAGAGACAUGGAUCGAGAGGUGGCAAAUCGAGGCAGAUUGUUGAGAGGAGAGAAAGGGAUGGGAGGCGUGAAGGGAAAUGGGAAAGGAAACACUAGUGUGAGUAAUUUUUUGUUUUAAUUGUGUCAAACUGUAGAGUAUGUAACCUUUGAUGUAUUAUUAUUUAUUUGCUUGCAAUAUGUAGAUUGUGUAUCAUUUUUUCUUACAAUUUUGUAAUCAGGAAACUUAGAAAUUUAAGGUU